AUGGACCCAGGGGGGAGUAGUGGGGGGGUGAUAGGGAACCUGCCGUCGGAGGAGCUGAUGAAGAAGAUCCAGGAGCUGGAGGUGGGGCAGGCCCGCCUGAAGCAGGAGAUGUCGAAGCUGAUGAUCCCCGGUAGCGCCGCUGCCGGCGAUGAGGACCGACGCCUGCGGCAGAGAUCCCUCUCCGCGUCGCCCCAGCGUUCGAGAGAGCCACAGGGCAGAAGAAGGAGCCUCGGGCUCAAUGACGGCGGCUUGGCGACGCGACGGGGAUAUGGAUAUUUUGGGAAUUCUUCUUCUCCGCUACAGAGGGAGAGUCGGAACCUGAUCCCUUCCGGGGCAGCAGCGACGGUGGUCGGAGGAAGUAUUGGCUUGUCCGAGCCCCAGCAUCUCAAAAUAUUGCAGUCCAUGGGGCAAUCCGUUCACAUAUCAGAUGUCGAGGGGAGGAUUAUCUACUGGUGAGUCCCCCAAUUCGGCCAUUCUUUCCUUUUUCGCCUUUCCAUCACAUUACACCUCAUCGUAUUCUCAAUGAAUGUUCAAGAAAUGUAAGCGGCGCCCUCAGUUCUGGGUCAAUCGAUUUUUUUUCCCAAUAGAGAAUGAAUUCAGGCGUCAUUGCCCACCUCUAAGGCAUGAGAUGAUGAGAGGGAUAAUCUCUUGCCCCAGCAGAUGCAGGCAGACUGUUGAUGUUUCCGUAGCUGGGUUUUAACUUUAUUCCUUACUUAAAUCAUAUUCUGUUACAAACUGCCCGGAAGCUUGCGCCAAAUAUGCCGGCGUGAAUCUAGUUUCAUCAUCUUCAGAGCAAAACCAGGAGCAAGGCCACUUCCCAUUUCCGGAUGGAAAUGCUUCCCAUAUUUGUAUAUUUCUCAAAAAAUUGCUUUCGCGAGGGCAACAAUAAAGAUGGGAUCCCAGGCUUUCAUUAAUAUCUUUGUUGAUCGAUCUUGCCUUGUCUCAUUCGGACAAAAACAAGAGAAUUGGGCAACUCUCUCUUUUAUGAUAUUCAUAUUGUGCAUAAUAAAGAGUAACUUUUUUGGAAAGAACUAUGGGAUUGUGCAGUUUCUGUAGACCGCUCGUUGCCUUGCGAUUUCACUCUCUGCUGUUACAUAUUAAGGAAACUUUGUGAAAGAAACUUUAAUUGAAACAAUACUUUUGAUGAUUAACCUCAGAUGACUGUGUACCAUUUGAAACGCACGGAGGUUGACUUCGUCUGUCAUGGAAGUAAUGUAGUCACAGAGCUGUAGAUGAGGGAGAUUUUGGGAGCUGAAGAAGGGACAAUCUAGUGAAUUGACUGAAAUAAUAUAUUUUCGUGUGUUCUCAAAAACUGUUUUGUCUUCGUAAGAAUAAGAAAUUUAGUCGUGCUGCACGACCUCUAUGGUCUAGUUUGUUGAGAGUAGUGGUUAUCUUGUGGGAUCAUACUGAUGCAAUUCUUGACUCCUUAUCCUGCCAUGCGUAAGGUCUUCUCCAGUUGCCUCUUCACGGGGGAAUCUUGGUUAAUGUACAUAUAUAGAUAUGAACAUAUUGUCGUUUAUUUGGAAGAUCUGAAGUUACAUCUCCUACGUCUUCAUACAGUCAGCUUUGUACUGAACGAUUGCAACUAGGAGGGAAACCCAAAAGUUUCGUAAUGUCAUUAUUUCAUCAAUACAGGUAGAUUGCCUUCUGCAAAGUAGGAAAUGUAUCAAUUGAAUAUUUACUCUCAUAUAACACAAGAAAGAUCCCUUUCUGUCUAAUCUUUGUUAUAAUCACCAGGUGAUGGAUGAGGUUGGGGGAUAUCUUGAUAAUUCAGUGUGUAUUGGGCUUCUGGUGGUUCAUGCCGGGGUUCAGGGAAUUAAUGUCACUUUUGGUAAUGAAUGUGGCUUAAAUCAUGACAUGCAUCAUAUUAGGUGAAUUGGUGGAGAAAAUAGGAGAAAAUUCUUUUAAUGUGUUUAACAGGACAAUGGUUGAGUAGUAACUUUAGGCUCUAUUUCCUUUCUGGAUUUCUUUUCAGACUUAUGUAUACUGAGAUGUUCCGGUUGUUUCUGCUAAGUUUUUGAGAUGAGAAAGAGCACAUGAAGAUCAGAUGAACUUAUCAGCAUUCGUAGUAAACUUUGGUACAAUUUUUCUGGGCAAUAUACAAUUUUGCCAGGAUGGUUUGGAGAUUAAUUCAUAUCCUUGAUAACUUGCAUGUUAAAAUCUCCGUGGAGAGGGCCGUCAACUGUGACUGCCAUGUGAAAGACCGGCUAGGUUAAUCCUAGAUACGAGAAUGCAUGUUGCCUUUUUCAUUCCAUGUCUUGGAUAUCUACUAUGCCCUUUUCUGGGUUGAUGUUCAAGAGGUAGGUAAUGCGAUGUAAGCAAAGAUUCUAUGCGGACUGGUUAGUGUCUUCAAGGGUGGAACGGACAGUGGCCUAUGGAGUAGAUUGUGGGUAAAUAGAGCUCCCUGAUAGAGUUCUAAGGACAGGGGGAAGGUGUCAAGGCACACUGUGAGGAGCGAACUGAGCUUCAACACUGGGAUUUCUUUACAGGGAUUCUUCUGUUCUGGGGAUUGGCAGUGCCUUGGGGUGGGGCUUUUCCUCCUUUGAGCUUUGAAUGUGGAGAUUAUAUAUGGUGUACGUUGGGUGUCAUUUAUUAAGCUUUUUCAGAGGGGUUGCAUGUGUGUACCCAAUAGGCUUUGCUUAUUGUUAUUAAUAAAAUGUUGUAUGAACUACUUUCUGAUGAAGGACAUUUUUGGAGUGAUAUGAUCCUAUCUUGUUUAUUUUUCGGAGAUUUCAGCCUUGUAGAAUGACUUUCUCUAUUUUUCAUAUGCAUUGAGCUCCUAUCUGUGACACGGUUUGCAUGCCAGUAGGGUGAAUCUUCUCUUGAUCUUUUUUGUUGAUUUUGUUGCAAAUCCCUCAUUUCGUCAUUUUCUUUUAACAGGCCAUUUAUUAUAGGGUAUUGAUUGUUGCAGGAACCGAUCAGCAGAACUUCUUUAUGGUUUUUCUGCAGCUGAAGCCCUUGGUCAGAAAGCGACUGAAUUACUAGUCGAUGCAUGCAACUUUAACCUUGCAAGUGAUAUUGAGAAGCUGGUUUUAAAGUGGGGAAGCUGGAGUGGAAAAUUCCCAGUUAAGAACAAGAUAGGGGAGCGAUUCAUAGCAAUUGCCACCAAUACUCCCUUCUAUGAUGAUGAUCAUGGGAACUUGAUUGGAAUAAUCUGUGUGUCAAUUGAUUCUCGAUGCCUGCAGGAAUUAAGUUCUUCCUCACCAAGUAGUUUUUCUGCUGGAGAUAGUGGUCCAGGUCAGCCUAGGUUCAGUUUAACGAGUAAAGUCAGUAUUGGUUCUCAGCAACCUGUACAGGCUACUAUUGCGUCAAAAUUAUCAAAUUUGGUGAGCUAAUUUCUUAGCAUACUUCACUGAUAAUGAGGACCCUGUGGAGCACCAUAAUUUAGGAUUUUUUCUCUUUCGAAACAUCAUUUUCUUGGAACCACUCAGCAGCAUUUUCAUUUAGUCGUCGAUUGAGGAUUCACAUGUUACCACCUUGUUUCAGGUUUGCAUUGAUCUUUCAGUUUUUUUUUUAAUUUAUGAAUUUCUAAUGACAGGCAACUAAGGUAACAAACAAAGGUCGGUCACGGACAAAAGGCACCAUCGGUUCAGAACGAGAAAUAAGAAGCAUUGACAGCCGUCCUGAACAUGGCUGCUCUGAUGUCGUUGCUUUGGAUCAUAGAGAUGAUGGAGCAUCGAGUGGAGCUAGCACUCCCAGAGGAGAUGCUCCACCGUGUCCUUUUGUUGUUACUUCUGCAGUUGCAGAGGGGAAGUCUCCAAGGAAGGCAACAAAAUUUAACGGUGAAGAAACAGAAGGAAAGAUGGGCAUUCAUAAAAUCAUAAGUGCGAAGGCAGAGGCGUGGAUGGCUAAAAAAAGUAUAGUUUGGCCAUGGAAAGGUCACGAACAUGAUGGAGAUGAAACGAAAAAUCGCUUUGUCUGGCCCUGGUUGCAUCAGGACCAAGAGAAUGAUUCUUGUCUUCCUAAGACUGUUGAAACAAGUUUGAAACUAGAAAAUCAGGCAACUGAAACUACCCGAGUGGGAAACAAUGAAGCUACAGGAUCAUGGUCAUCAUUUAAUGCUAACAGCACUAGCAGUGUCAGUAGCAGUGGAAGUACAAGCAGCAGUGCAGUUCAGAAGCUUGAUUUAGAGGCUGACUGCUUGGACUACGAAAUACUAUGGGAAGAUCUAGUCAUCGGUGAACAGAUUGGCCAAGGUAGUCAUCUUUUUAUUUAAAUAUUUUAACACUGGUUUUGGUAGUCACGUUUUAAAUGAUUGAUAUAUUGAAGUUAUUGCGCUUAUUUGGUUUUUGCUAGACUUUAAUUACAGUCUAGCUGACUUUGCCUGACCUGUUUAUAUGAUUUCUUUGUAAACAAUAUUGGGUUCUGGCAAUGAGUAAUGCUAUGUACCUUUCUAUAUCCAGUGUUGGUUUACGCUUUGCUUUCAUGGGGCCUUUUAUGCAUCACCUAACAGAUAAGACACGGAGGACUGGGCAUUUGGGCGUCAAGCCAAACAGUCCUAAUCUCUCUUUUGUUGCGUUUGAUGUAAUGCUAGUCAGCUGUAGUUGCAACUUACAGUUUCUUGUUUGAAGCCUUAAUUAAUAAACUGAGCAUUGACACAUUAUUACUAAAGUUUGUCCUUAGAUGUUGUUCGUGAUCAUGGAAAGCUACAGGAAAAGCAAAAGAUUAUGUUAAAAUCACUUGUUAUUGCUUGUCAAAAAUAGGCAUGAAAUAUGUCACUUUGAAAAAAAAGUUAGGACAUGUCUUGUUUCAUCAAGUGACUAUACAACCUGAAAAGGAAAACAAGAUCAUGAAACUUUCCAAAGCAUAUGACCAUUAUUUCAAGGUACAGGAGAUGUCUCUUUCUGCGAAAAUAUCACCUAGAAUGACUGAUACUUGUAUGGUAAUUGUCACGUCAAGAUGGGAAUAAAGUGCUUAAUGUUGGUUUAAAAGCAGGUAUUAUUUGCAUAGAUGUGCAUUAUUGGCAUAUGAAGUAUCAGGCAGCAAGUGCAUUGUGAUUUAUAGUAUUUUUUUAAUUUAAAACUCCAUUAUUGUUACAACCCUUUUAUGUUAACUGUGCCUAUAAAUGGACUUAAAACUGGAAAAUAAAUCUUUCAUUUUAUAGCUUGACUGAUAAUUUCCAAUGAAUUGAUCUAUUUAGCUUAUCAUCCUUGGUAAUCCAGGCUAGAUCUUUGCUUGAUUCAAAAGGCCAUGGUUAUGAUGCCAACAAUGUUAGCAUGCUGACGUAUUGACAUAGGGAUUAUGUGUCCGAUUGUAUGGUGCAGGUGCUGAUGAUGAUAACGUUAAAUUGAUGUAUUGAAAGCAGUGGUUAAGUAGCCAAUUGUAUGAGCUAGAAUUGUGGAGCUCUGUCACCUGAAGUAUAUAUAGCCGUAGUAUAUUAAACAUCAAAUUUUAUACCGUAGCUAAUUUGGACGACAUUAUAGUUGAUCAAGGAAUGUAAGGGUUGAAACAAAACUUUUUGCGUCCUUAUUGUAAAAAGCACCAGAAUGCCACUUUAUUCUUGUAAAAGUUAUUGGGCAAUCCAAUUCAAAUUGAAAGUUAUUGGGUUUCUUUUGUGGAUAAAGUUAUUUAUUUUCGGUAACUUUGACUGUUAUUUGUUAUAGUGCAAGAGGAACUUUUGGCCUUCACAUCCUAAUAACACUGUCGCUGAAUUAGUUCCUUACCCUAAAAGCAUUGUCUUCUCAUUAUGUUCUGAAAAUUCACCGAUCUGGUCUUCGUUUUCAGACUACAAUUUGUGAUCUACCAUCUUAACUAAAUUGAAAUUUCGAUGUUGAUAUGCCAUAACACCAGUGGUUUUUUUUUUUUUGCUACAAAUUGAUUGUAUCCUUCCUCAACUAAUCCUUUGUUUUAUAUCUGUUCAGGUUCUUGUGGAACUGUGUACCAUGCUCUGUGGUAUGGCUCGGUAUGUUUUCUUUUUCUCAUGUUUUCAGUUUUUCAUUAUUGCUGGAGGAUUCUAUCACAUGGAAAAAUUUAUUAUGUACUCUGUAGACUCUUCAUUCCUCUCAUUUUUAUUUUCCAAAUUUCUAUUUAUUAGUUUAUUUUUAAUUGCAACGACCAUGAUUGUGACGUUGCAUUCGCCAUUAUCUAGUAGUUAAAUUUUAUGUUAUUCUGCAAUCUUCUUAAACAACGAAGCAAAUUUUUACAUAAAAAUGGACCCUUAGCUGAAUCCUUGAAUUUUAUGCUGAACAACGCACGGUUAUUUUCAUUAAUCAAUUCAGAAUGCGUAAUUUUGUCUAGUCUUUUAAAGAAUUGGUUUCCUCAACCUAUUACUAGCUUUUUAUUUAUCAAUAGCUGAAUCCUAUUAAUUUGGAUUAUUCUCUUCUAUUAUUUUAAAAUAUAUGUCAUUUUUGUCACUAUGAACCUGAAAAAAAAUGGGACCACAAUUGUUUGCAUGGACAACGUGAAGUAUUUAACUCAUUUGAGUUAUUUGGCAUUACCUAGCUUCAUCUACUCCAUGCCUUUAAAACAAAACAGGCUACGGACCAUAUACUUUGGCAUAUCUCAUCAUAAAAACGCUUUCAGGAAACCAGAACACUGUAGGUAGGACACACAUUUUAGGUUCCAAAACUCUAAAGUUUCACUUAUUAAAGGUAAGGAACAUAAACUUCGUUCUGUUCAAACGACAGUAGUCCUGAGAAAGCGAAGCAAUCAAAUUAGAGCGUACAGAAAUUUCCAAAUGGGAUCCAUCUGACGUAUGUGUGCAUUCCUCUGUCUGGUUUUUUUAUUUACCUUGGAAAUGUAGCUACUUGGCAAUUCAAUCCUGUUAAUCCGUAUUAUACUACUUCCACCAUAUAUUAAUGUACUCAAUUUAUUACAGGAUGUAGCAGUCAAGGUAUUUUCCAAGCAAGAAUACUCAGAGGACGUCAUAAAUUCCUUUAAACAAGAGGUAAAUCCCUCGAUGGCUUUCAAUCAUCAAAUCAAUGUGACUGUUAAAGGCAAUUUCUUGUUCUCUUUUCAUUCAUUGCAGAGAACAUGCGUAAAGUUCACUCACGAAACGGUUGAUAAAAUUAUAAAUCCUUUCUGUUUAUCUCUCAUCAAAAACUAUCAACUGUGAUAUUUCCAUGCACAGAUAUAACAAAUUAUUCAAUUUUGCUCUAUGACUAUCGAUUCGGGAAGGGUUCAUAUCUCUUUUGGUUGAGUAAGAAGAUUGUGAAGUCACAGUUUCUGCUCAUUGAAAUUAAUGGUGAAUAAAAGCAGGAGAAUGACGUUCAGCUAGAUUCUGAGAAGAUAACACGACCCUGGUCCUUGAAAGUCUUGUGGUAUUCUAUUUACAGUUUUCCCAUGUAUUCGUUGCCUUUACUGACUUCAGUAAUCUCUGUGAAGAAAGUGCAGCCGUACAACAAUCCAUAACUGGAUUGUUCAGAGACUUGUCUGAAUUUUAAAGUUGCUGCCAGCUUAUUAGAUAUUAGAGAACAUGAGGAUCCUAAAUUCUGAUGGGCAUGCUUUAUCCCAUGGCGUUAUUCACUGCCUAAACUUGGGUGAGUGGAUGAUGUUGCUGGGGUAAUAUCACUUCGGUCCAACAUGUGGCAUAAGGAUUUGUGAGGGUAUGCAGUUGAGGAGAUUUCCGCUGAAGAUGAAAACUUUGGGGUACCUCUGUAAGAGUUCUCUGAUAGAAAUUUGGAUGUAGAAAGAGAAGCCUCGGUUAAGGAACUGGGGAAUGGUUUCAAUCCAGUUGAGAAUGUUAAACCUCAAUGAAGACUGGUAUCCCAAAAUUUUAGAUGCUUCUUUGUAAGGGGCAAUUCGUCUUUUUCUACCAGGAACUCUAAAGUUUUAAGUGUUUCUGUGGUGACCCCCACCCUGGUGUUGGAUGACUGGGCUUCCUCUCCGUCUUUCAGGUACAGAAGUUUUUUGUAGAAUCCCUUCUAAAUUUGGGGUUCUUGUUAUGGACUAAAUAGACGUUUUACAGAGGCCUUAUCCACACUUACAUGAACUUUUAUCAUUAAAAGAUAAUGAAUAGCUGGUAUUAUCCAUUUUCAGAGAGAAGUUUCGGAGAUAUGCUAGUGAUAGCAGGCCCUAUGGUCAUUUCUUUCUUAGGUUUUUUUUUAAUUUUUUGCAGAAUUUACUGGCUAUAUUUAGCAAAGCUGCUAGUCUGUUAUCAGCUGUGCAAAAGCUGUGGAUAUGGGUUAUUAUGAAGAUUAUUUUUUUGAAAAGGAUUGAGACCAGAAGGAAUCUUUUAUAUUAACAGACUUCGGUGUUCUACUUUCUAGCUUCUUGCUAGAAAUUUCUCCUUUUCUCUCUCAUCUGUACAAGGGAUUUGAUCCUAUCUGCUUCGCUAGAAACAGUGCGUUUCUAUGCAUUUAAGUGAUAGGAUUCUGUGCAGGAUACCAUCAUUUGUAGUUUCUAUUCUGUGCAUCCUUUUCAGUUGGCCAUGGCUUCCUAAACAGCCUGUUAUCAUCGACUGUGCAAAGAACAUGUACUUACCUAACUCAAUUCCAUGCAAAAUACACGAACCAAUCACUAGGUAUACUGUAAACUGAGAAUUGGGAGGCAUUAACGGCAUCAACACCUUUAUUGUAGGAUAAAAACUUUUCGUUGGAGUAGUUUUUUUGUAACAUUAAUUAUAAGUUUGAUCCAAAACCUCAGAAGUGUCAACAAUUCUUCUACUAUGAUUUAUACAAUUGUUCAUACAGUCAGACAUCUGUCACAUUAGCGACUUGACUAGGAACCUGACUCGAUGUUCUUGCAUUUCAUUUCUAGUGAUCUGAAGCUAGAUACCUUCAAAUCUCUCUGUAACAAGUUAUGUUCAAAUCUUGUAAAUUUCUUUUCUAUUGAUCUAGAGAUAGAUUCUUCGGAUACUAACUCAACGUUUGGUUCUAAGUCAAACUAAGAGUCCUUUGGAUACUUUCCUUGUGAUUUGGAGAUAAAAAAUCUGAUGCAUCCUUCGUCACAUCUGGGGUGCUUGUUAAUUCCUAUUACACCCGCAGAUUGUGACUUCUCCUGAGAAUUUCUUUAUUUUCUCUUUGUUUGUUAUUUUGGAAGGGUGACUUAAUUGGAGGUUUUUCUUCUUAUUGUUGUGAACUCGAGGGUCAGUCCUUGUAGAUUGAUGUAGAACAGAGUUACACGCAUGUUUCGCUGCGUAGCCUUGAACAUUGACCUUUCUAUGCUGGGUCAACUUUUAAAUAUUUUUAAUAAUCUCCCCUUUUGUUGAUUGGUGUUUGUUUUAAGGCCAUUCUUGCCAUAUUUUUUUAGGUUAGAAGCCAUCUCGUACGUGAUCUCCGUUGUGAGUUGAUCUUUCUAUUAUGAUGUAUUAAAAUUUACUUUAUAUUAUCUCAGGUAUCCCUUAUGAAGAGACUGCGGCAUCCAAAUAUACUUCUUUUCAUGGGCUCAGUCACCUCUCCUCAACGUCUCUGCAUCAUUACAGAGUUUUUGCCACGGUUUGCCCCACUUCUGCCUCGCUCUGAAAUUUUCCGUCUGACAACGAUUUUAUUUUGCUAUUGUCUCUCAGAUUGCUUGGGUGUGCGCCAUGCUCUUAUUAAUGCUCUCAUAAAUGCUUACCCAUCUAGGCAUUAAUUUAGCCUGAAUAUAGCUCCCAUUUUGUAAGAACCCCUCCUUGCUAUGAUCUUAAUAGCAAAUUGGACAUUGUGGCCUUGGUUUAUCCUGAUGGUUUCCAGGGCAUUUUAUUUGAGAGGGAAUGGGCUGAAUGAUAUUUGCCUUUAUCAACCAAUCAGCUUAUUCUGCUAGCCAUGCUCUUCUGUAUAUAACAUAGUUCAGGACUUCAUUUGAGGAAAGUUGGACCAAGAUGAUCUGUGCAUGUAUUAACUUUUUCUCUUAUUCUAACUAUUGGGCUCCCUAGAUCCACUUGGAAUCACCUGAUUCUGUUAGCCAUAAAUUGGAGUAUGUAAUAUAUAUAGUUCAUGGUUGUUUUAUUUGAGAUGUAUUGGACUGUGAUGAUCUUUGCCUAUAUCUAAUAAUUUUAUUUUUUAUAAUUAUAAUUAAUUAGUUUUUUUGACGAUUUCUGCCACAUUGUGAGUGGAAAAGAGAAGGGAGAUCUUCUCUCAUUGCUGACUACAUUUUAAGGAAAAAAAAAAUCGUAUUUUUCAGAUCCAACAACUUCCGUUUGCAAAACAUUUAACUGGAAUCUCAAGAGAAAAAUAAUUUAUUUAUUAUUCUCAAUGUGUUUGAGUACUUUCUUUUUGGCUUUUUCACUUUUCUCCCCCAUGCAGUGGUAGUUUAUUUCGACUUCUUCAACGUGCGACAACUAGGCUGGAUUGGCGACGCCGUGUUCAUAUGGCUCUGGAUAUUGUGAGCAUAAUUUUCAACUUUGACAUAUUCAGAAUGAUUGAGUAUGAUGAUCUGCCUUCUUCGCCUGUAGGCCAGAGGGGUGAAUUAUCUUCACCACUGCAACCCGCCCAUUUUCCACCGUGAUUUGAAAUCUUCAAAUCUUUUAGUGGACAAGAAUUGGACUGUCAAGGUGGGUUUAGUAAUUCUUCGACAAGGAGCUGCCACUUAUUACAGCGUUUCAAAAAAUAACACAAAACAAGGAGAAAUUCAUUUGAUUGGCAGGUUGGUGACUUUGGACUCUCGCGUCUGAAGCACGAGACAUAUUUGACAUCAAACACGGGAAAAGGAACGGUAAUUACAACAACCAUUCCGCUCUUGACGAAAUUAAUUCAAUUGUUGCUGCUGCCUUUUCUAUUUUUUUUAAUUUAUUUAUCUUUUUUGGUGCUGUAGCCCCAGUGGAUGGCUCCUGAAGUUCUUCGCAAUGAGCAUGCCGAUGAGAAGUAUACGCAGCACUCUUCCUUUUUUUUUUCCUUUUUUUUCUUUUUUGAGAUAAAAUCCAGAUGCCCUUCUUAGCUUUCUAAUUAUUCCAAGCCUGUUAUUGUGUGGACAAAAUAGGUCCGAUGUGUACAGUUAUGGGGUAGUAUUAUGGGAGCUGGUCACCGAGAAGAUCCCUUGGGAUAAUCUCAAUUCAAUGCAGGUGGGUUUCCUCUGUUUUUACCUAUGUUAUUCUCCUAUGCGCCUAUUUUUUACGCUCUCUCUGUGUUUGUUGUUAUUCUUUAAAUGCCGCGUUAAAGGUCAUUGGAGCCGUGGGAUUCAUGAACCAACGGCUGGAGCUCCCCGAGGAUCUCGACCCACAAUGGGUAUCAAUCAUCAGCAGCUGCUGGCACAGGUCCCAUCCCCGCUCUCAUCUGCUCAAAUUGCCUUAUUGAUUUAAUUAAUACCUUACUAAUGAAUUGGUUGCAUAAUCAAUAAUUCCUCGCCCCAUUCGCUCAAAAAAAAGCUGAUGAAUCUUAGAAGAUUUCCUCCAUUUCCAUGUUUUCCAUCCCGUCCCUCAUCCAAAUAUUCAUCUUAAAACAGUGAUCGGAACAUGAUCCCGUCCCUUGUUUAUCUGUUCUAAUUAGUUUACUAUUCCUCACCUAUUUGCUCGAAGAAAAUUUACUGAACAUAGAAUGCGGUUUGUGUUUUUCUUCAAUCUGUCAUGCUGAUUAUUAUCUGUAAAUACUGGCCCGAACCUAAUCCCUCCCCCAUUUUCCAUAAUUAAGUAGUGAACUAGUUAAAAAAUACUAGUUAUUUGUUAAUUCCUCACUUGCUUGUCGGAAGAAAUUUAGCUAAAUUUAGCUUAUUUCAUGUAGGUUUCCCUUUGUAGGUCUGUUUAGCUGUUAAUUAAUUAAUCUGAAAACAGCGAGCCAAACCUCCGCCCAACAUUCCAGGAGCUGAUAGAGAGGCUCAAGGACCUGCAGAGACAGUACUCUCUGCAGUCCCAGAUGCAGCGCUCCCAGGGAGCUAACCGCAAGGCCCCCCCACCAGAGUAA